UAUAGCACUGUAUGAUAUGUCGCUGUAAAGGGGUGGUUCUCUCAGUAAGUGAAAUGCAUGCAUAUAUUUAUCGUUUGAAGGGGCCGCGGGUGGUGUAAGAGCUAUCGCAAGUAGAGAGAGUGUAUGUCCACAGGAUCCUGGCCUAGUAUUGCUGCUGCUGGGAUUCUCCUCAUCCGCUUUCACAAAAUUCGAAAAUAGCAUAUUUAAUGACAGAAAUGAAAGGGUUGACAGUUGUUUUUGCGGUGACCGACAUUUAAAUGGAUGGAGCCUUGCUAGGAUGAGUUGGCCCUAUGAACUGCCCAUCAGCGAUGCUCAGGCCUGUCACUCUGACCCAACAUUGACCUCUGCCCCCAAUGACCCCGUCUCUCCCUCCUCAAAGCACAAUAACCCCAAUUCUAGACUAGACCCUUCACAUGCCAUGCAGCUGUCCACCGCCCCUGGCCUCAAACCUCCAUCCACCUAUGGGUUCAUGCACAAGGACCUAUCCUCUUCCUACAGUCCUCUGAGAAGGCUACAGCACCUGACCACCAUGGUCAGCCACCCGGACCUGGUACUGCUUGGAGAGGGGGAGAGGGCCUCCCAGGGCUCCAGGGAGGACUCGCACACCCGGAAUGCUGUUGGGAAAACUGACUUUGGGAAUUCCUUGGCCCUCACAGCUCCCCAGCCAGGCAGCAGAGACACAGACACCAGUAAGACUAAUCCUAGUGUGGAGAAGAAGAGUGACUGUUGCUUCUCUGACCAAUCUAGUCCAGCCUUCUCACUGGAUAGCAAUAGCCCUUUUGCGAAUGGCUACCUGCCCUUUGAGUCCACUUUGUUUGAUGAUGAUGAUGAUGAAGAGGAUGAUGAUGACGAUACAGCUUUACCUCUGACAGACAGACAAAGAAAAGUUGGAAAGUCACCUGAACCACUUCCUGAAUUUUUCAACUUUAAGAUGGACAGCCCAAAGAAGAAGUCCCUUCCACCUGUAAAGUUUUUAGAGGGUGAAGUUAUAUGGGCAAAGUUCAACCGAAGACCCUGGUGGCCUUGUGAGAUGACAGUUGACCCAGUACAGGGAACCUACCACAAAAUGAAAGAGCCCAGUGAUAGGCCUUGUCGGCAGUACCACAUCAGGACCUUUGGGGAGCCUGUCGAACUGGCCUGGGUCGCAGGGAAAGCUACACACACUUUUCAUGGAGGCUUUGAGUUUGAACAGCUCCCCUUGAUACGCAGGAGAGGAAGGCAAAGAGACAAAGACUACAAAUACACUUGUGGCUGA